GUUGUUGUUGAAGAACGAUGUGACUCAUAAUAUCAUCGUUCCCCAAAUUUGUAUUUUGCACAUCACUUAUAAAUAGUUACAUAAGUAGGACAUUUGGUACUGAUUUUAGAAUCAUGUUUUGAUAAUGUAAACGCCACAUUUUUCCAACAAUUAUCUUGAGAUUAAUUUGGUCAGUGGUAGUUAAAAGUAGAAGCAGUCAACCAUAACCACUAAUGCCAUGUACUUUGUUGAAUAUGUGUUCACUAUGUCAGGACCUUGUUCUGAUAUCCCACCACUAAUGAAUGGAGACAUUACCUACAAUGGUGGACUUGUUGACAGCAGACCUGUUGAUACCAUUGCUACCUACACUUGUGACAAUGGAUACACUGCCACUGGAGGGAUUUUCAGAUUUUGUCAGAAUGAUGGAACCUGGAGUGCAACAGCUCCAACCUGUCAAUUGAACACAGGACCCACUGAACCACCCACCACCUGUCCUGGCCUCACUGUACCCAAUGGAAUGAUCAGCUACAAUAUGGCGACCACUAGUCCAAUACCAGUGGACACUGUGGCCACCUACACCUGUGACACUGGCUACACUCUCAAUGGAGUCAGCACCAGGACCUGUAGGAGUAAUGGGACGUGGAGUGGGUCAGCUUCAAUUUGUCAAAUUAACUGCCGUGACUUACCCUUAGUGACGAAUGGGAUGAUUAUGUACAGUGCUGAAUCCACUAACAACAGACCUUUCCUCUCUCGUGCUCUGCACUCCUGCAACCCUGGCUACACUCUCACUGGAGGUACUUUCAGUGUAGGUACCACCAGGUUCUGUGUGAGUGGAGGAAUGUGGGAUGGAUCAGAUCCAACUUGUCAGCGACCUUGUUUUGAUUUACCACCACUAAUGAAUGGAGGCAUUACCUACACUGAUGGACUUGCUGACAGCAGACCUGUUAGUACAAUUGCUACCCACAUUUGUGACAAUGGCUACACUCUCACUACUGGAGGGAGUUUCAGAACUUGUCAGAAUGAAGGGACCUGGGAUGGAACAACUCCAACCUGUCAAUUGAACACAGGACCCACUGAACCACCCACCACCUGUCCUGGCCUCACUGUACCAGCCAAUGGAAUGAUCAGCUACAAUAUGGGGACUGUUAGUCUGAGACCAGUGGGCACUGUGGCCACCUACACCUGUGACACUGGCUACACUCUCAAUGGAGUCAGCACCAGGACUUGUGGGAGUGAUGGAGUGUGGAGUGGGUCAGCUUUAAUUUGUCAAACUGAUACAGUGAACGAAAGACCCACUGAACCACCCACCACCUGUCCUGACCUCACUGUACCAGCCAAUGGAGUGAUCAUCUACAGCUCUGGUACCUCACCACACCCUCAGGGAACAGUGGCUACACAGAGCUGCUUGAAUGGAUACGUACCCUCCACUACCAGCACUGCUACCAGAGUGUGUGGAGCUGAAAGAUUAUGGAGUGGGUCAGCUCUCACUUGUCAAUUGACUGAGGUAAUCACUACCUCUUCCCCCACUGCAAUCCCUGGUGACACUGGAGCUAGCAACACAGGAGGUGUGGUGGCAGGUGUAGUCAUUGUGUUACUCAUUCUAGCCGCUGUCAUUGUGGUGGGUAUCAUUGUCGGGGUCUACUUCUGGAGGAAACUUCGUGGCAACCAGACCAAGUACAGCCCCUCCCCACGCCAUGCCCCUCCCCCUCGCCCCACCCCCUAUCAAGCAUCCUUCAAGAAGAGCAACGGACAAGACAGUAAAGUCUCCAUCCAGAAAGUCGACGAGCCUAGUAUAGUAGAGUUUCCUAGUGAUACUCAUGUGACGGAGGGGGAGGAGGUGUAUCUGAGGGUGAAGGUGGGAGGUCACCCUCCACCCAGUCUCACCUGGUACCACGAUGGUAGGAAGGUGACUGCAGACUAUGCCACAGAACUGGACCAGGACGGUGGAUUAUCCUUCCCUAGUGUGGAGACUAAGCAUGCUGGUGUGUAUAAACUGGUGGUUACUGGAGCCUCAGGGUCAACAACACAACAGGUCGUCACGGUAACAGUGAUGAGUGAGGGUGGUGAGGCUAGUGAGGGGGUGGACUACGCCCCCAUACCUGUGACAGAGUUUGGAGCGUACGUGGCUGACCUCCAUGUUGGCAGCAAUAAGAAGUUCAAAGAUCUCUACAAGAAUCUGGACAGUGGGGAGAGGGGUCAUCCAGUGAUUAUUUCAGUGACUCCUGAGAACAAACUCAACAACAGAUUUGGCAACAUUGCUGUGUGUGAGUGCAUAUCCUGAGAGUUAGCACAUAUUAGUAGUUGUGUGUACACUGGCAGAUAGAGGUCAUAGCACUGUGUGUGUGUGUUCUCAUAUCUCAUACUAAUCACACCUAUUC